UUUCUUUUUAUUCAUCUUCUCUCACUAGACUGACGACGCCAUGGAUUACACAACUCUGUUUUUCUCUGUUUUUCCUCUCCUAUUUUUCUUCAUCAUCAUCAUCCACUCCAGCCGGAGAAACAAGAACCCGCCGGGUUGGACCGGAUUCCCACUAAUCGGAGAAACCCUCCAAUUAAUCGCUGCUUACAAGACUGAUAACCCGGAACCCUUCAUCGAUAAACGGGUUACCAGGUUCGGUCCAAUCUUCACGACUCAUGUGUUUGGAGAAGAGACCGUUUUCUCGACCGAUCCGGAGACAAACCAGUAUAUAUUACAGAAUGAAGGGCGGUUUUUUGAAGCGAGUUAUCCCGGUUCGAUCGCCAACCUACUUGGAAAACACUCUCUUGUGUUGAUGAAAGGAAACCUUCAUAAGAGAAUGCAUUCUCUUACAAUGAGUUUUGCUAAUUCCCCUAUUUUGAGGAAUCAUUUGCUGUUAGAUAUAGACCGGCUCGUUCGUCUUCGACUCGAUUCUUGGACCGAAGGACGGGUAAUUCUACUCAUGGAAGAAGCCAAGCAGAUAACAUUUGAGUUGACAAUGAAGCAAUUGUUGAGUUAUGAUCCAUGCGAAUGGACAGAAGGAUUGAGGAAAGAGUAUAUGCUUGUCAUUGAAGGCUUCUUUUCCAUUCCUAUUCCUUUCAUUUUCUCUACAUACCGAAGAGCUAUCCAAGCAAGAAGGAAGGUGGGGGAGGCAUUAACUCCUGUUGUGAGAGAGAGGAGGAGAGAGAUGACCGGAGGAGGAGGAGGGAAGAAGGAUAUGUUGGCGGCGCUGUUCGCCGAGGAAGGAACCGGCGGCGGGGGAUUUUCCGACGAGGAAAUAGUUGAUUAUAUGUUGGCUUUAUUAGUCGCCGGUUAUGAGACCACGUCCACUCUUAUGACUCUUGCCGUUAAGUUUCUCACUGAGACUCCUCUUGCCUUGUCCCAACUCAAGGAAGAACAUGAAGCAAUCAAGUCAAGGAAGAACGGUGGUGAUUCACAAGCUCUAGAAUGGGAUGAUUACAAAUCCAUGCCCUUCACUCAAUGUGUGGUCGACGAGACUUUGCGAGUUGCCAAUAUUAUUAGCGGUGUUUUCAGGCGAACAACUGUUGAUGUCAAUUUGGGAGGUUACACAAUCCCAAAAGGAAGGAAGGUGUUUGCUUCAUUUAGGGCAGUACAUUUGGACCAUCAACAUUUCAAGGAUGCACGAACUUUCAAUCCAUGGAGAUGGCAGAAUAUGACUUCGGGAGAGAUGAAUUUGGGCAACAAAUAUGCGCCUUUUGGAGGAGGGCCGAGAAGGUGCCCGGGGGCUGAGCUUGGCCGGGCAGCUCUCUCGGUUUUCCUUCAUUACCUUGUUACUCAAUUCAGUUGGGUUGCUGCUGAGGAAGACAAGUUAGUGUUCUUCCCAACUACCAGGACGCAAAAACGUUACCCUAUUAUCGUUCGACGAUUAUAGUUAGAAUCUUCGAUCUAAUAAUUUGAAAAGAGGAUUCAAAUAAAGUUAAAAUCAACUUGGAUUUAUAAUGCCAUAAUAAUUAAGCUUAGAGCUAGCUAGCUAUAAUAUGUUUGUGUAUGAAUCUAUCUUCAUGCAUAAAUUAAUACUGUUAUGAAACAUUUUAUUACUAGUUCAUUCAAUUUUUGUUGCCUAACAAAAAUAACAAU